CUGAACGCUUCAUAAGCAGUGUUUCCGACACAUUGGAAAAUCCCUCAAAUCCCACCGUGGCUGACACUCUCCUGCCGCCCUGUGAGAUCCAGGCUCGUUUCUCCUCUGGUGUGUCCCAGGGCGUGGCUCAUCUACCACUGGAAGUACCUGAGAUAAGUUUGGGAGGAUUUCAUGAUGUGCUGAGCAAUGACAGACCUUCUGGUUAUAUGAGGGAGCACAACCAAUUAAAUGGCUGGUCUUCAGAUGAAAAUGACUGGAAUGAAAAACUCUAUCCAGUAUGGAAGAGGGGAGACUCUAGGUGGAAAAACUCUUGGAAAGGAGGCCGUGUGCAGGCAGUUCUGACCAGUGACUCACCAGCACUGGUGGGCUCAACUCUCACAUUUGCAGUGAACCUUGUGUUCCCCAGAUGCCAGAAGGAAGAUGCCAGUGGCAACAUAGUCUAUGAGAAGAACUGCAGAAAUGAUACUGAUCCGUCUCCUGACCAGUAUGUUUACAGCUGGACGGCGUGGACAGAGGACGGUGCCUGGGGAAACGGCACCAGCCACGGCCAUCACGACGUAUUUCCUGACGGGAGGCCUUUCCCUCAUCCCCGGAAGUGGAAUUUCGUCUACGUGUUCCACACACUUGGUCAGUAUUUCCAGAAAUUGGGACGGUGUUCAGUGACAGUUUCUAUAAACACAGCCAAUGUGAGUGUUGGCCCUCAAAUCAUGGAAGUAACUGUCUACAGAAGACACCGCUGGGCAUAUGUUCCCAUCGCCAAAGUGAAAGAUGUGUACGUGGUAACUGAUCAGAUUCCUAUAUUUGUGACUAUGUCCCAGAAGAACAAUCGGAAUUCAUCUGAUGAAACCUUCCUCAGGGACCUCCCCAUUAUGUUCAGUGUCCUGAUUCACGAUCCCAGCCACUUCCUCAAUGAGUCUUCUAUUUCCUACAAGUGGAACUUCGGGGAUAACACUGGUCUGUUUGUGUCCACCAGUGACACUUUGAACCACACAUAUGUGCUCAAUGGUACCUUCAGCCUCAACCUCACUGUGCAAGCAGCCGUGCCUGGACCUUGUCCUGCGCCUUCGCCCAGACCUCCACUAACCACCCCUUCUUUGUACUCUCCAGUGCCUGCUGGUAACAACCCCCUGGAGCCGAGGGAGAUUCCUGAUGAACAUUGCCAGAUUAAGAGAUACGGCUACUUUACAGCCACCAUCACGAUUGUUGAGGGAAUUCUGGAGGUGAACAUCAUCCAGGUGACAGGUGUCCCGAUGCCCAAGCCACAGCCUGAGAACUCCCUGGUGGACUUUGUCGUGACCUGCCAAGGGAGCAUCCCCACAGAGGUCUGUACCAUGAUCUCCGACCCCGCCUGCCAGAUCACCCAGAACACAGUCUGCAACCCCGUGGAUGUGGCCCUGGGUGACAUGUGCUUGCUGACGGUGAGAAGGGCCUUCCGUGGGUCUGGGACAUACUGUCUGAACCUCACUCUGGGCGAUGAUGCGAGUCUGGCCCUCACAAGCAUCCUUGUCUCCAUCCCUGGCAGAGACCCAGCCUUCUUUUUAAGAAUGGCAAACGGUACCCUGGUCUCCGUUGGCUGCUUGACUGCUGUAUUUGUCACUGUGAUCGCCCUUUUGGUGUACAAAAAACACAAGGAAUACAAACCAGUAAAAAACAGCACUGGGAUCUCAGUCAAAGGCAAAGGCCUGAAUGUUUUCCUCACUCGUGCAAAGACCAUGUUCUUCCCUGGAAACCAAGAAAAAAAUCCACUGCUCAAGAACCAACCAGGAAUUCUUUAAAUCUUCAGUCUUAUUUCUGACCAACAGCUCAUCCUUCAGUGCCAUUUAUGUGAGCUGUGCUAGAGUGGCUGACGAUUAACUUUCUUCUAAAGAUUACUGUAAAAUAUAUAUUGUGGUUUGGGAAGGUCCAAUUUUUUUUUAUAGGUUAAAUGACAUUUUAAAGAAGCAGGAAUUGUACUAGACAGAGCCAGCCAUGUUAUAUAACCGAUGAAACCAAUUAGCGGCGCUUUCUUUUAUGAUGAUUUAUGUUUCACUUAUGAAGUCUUAGGUGAUCAGUAGGAUAGACACUCUGUGUCCAAAGAGUAGAGGAAGAAGGUACUAUUCAUCAGGGUCUGACCUAGGUCACCGGGAAGGAGAGAUACUUUCUAGCUUUCCAUAUAACCAUAUGCAUAAAACCAGUGUAUUCCUGUACUGAAUGUUCCGAGCUACCUGAAUCCUGUUUCAAUGAACAUGCAUGAGCUCUCAACAGAACAAUAACAGGCAAGCCUUCAGUAGGCUUGCAUGCUUGUUACACUAAAAAAAAAAAAAAAAAAACUCAUCUAAUAAGUAGGUGUGAAUAUUUUUGUGAAAACCUGCCCUGCCCAGCUGUGUAAAGGAAUGGAAUUCAUUCAUUCGUUUUAUGUAGAACUUUCUGUAUACCAGGCUUGUUGCCAGGUCUGUGGCCCUGCACCCAGUGUUGACAUUCGUGUGUAUAUAUCUGAAUUUCUGUACACUCUGGUGAACAUAUGUGAAAUUACAUAUUACGAUUUUCCAAAGAAGGAAGCCCUGGUUUUCCUACUGAUUUCUCUAUGUAAAUGAUAUAGAAACUUAAUCAAUCAGUAAGUGUUUUACCUCGAGUUGUAACUAAAAUUACCCUAUGUCCGUCAUGACAUUCUUUUUCUCCUUCCUGAAAAAUAAAGUAUGAAAAGAGACAA